UGUUUCAUUAAACUGCUUGGGUGGAAAAGUAGAUCUGAAUGCAGUAACUGUUGAAACCUGACUGGAAAAAAAAAACAUCUCAUUGAUGAAAGCUCUUGCGGACGGGCGGGUAUGUUGAGUUGAGAGACGAGCGAGGCUUUCGCCUCAUCAACACAAUGUUUUUUUCUCAACAGCGAAAGAGAGGGAGAGUCGGGGAGUGAGUUUGCGUGCCGGAGAAAGUUUGGGUCUGUAUGGGGGAGAGGACACCGUCAUUGCGGAUAGCAGACAACGCGUGGAGACAGAGAGGAAUAAAGUUGUAAACAUUUGCAAGUUCUGAUCGACUUGGGCCAAGGAGGAGACAGUCACGUCUGCGGGAUCGGGGAAGGGAGAGCAGAGGGCGUACGGAAGAGAGGACAACUGGGAACCUAAACUUCGGGGAGUGAAGUGGCUUCAGCGACCGGGGGGGAAAGCGCAGCAGUUUUUCAUCGCUACAUGUUUCGCAACCUCGUUUUUUUUCAUGAGAAGGAUCAUUUUUCGGGGAUGACGGAAGGAGCGUGUCAGAGUGUUUGUUUUGGUUGCGUUUUAAUACCUGGAGGAACAGAAGUUUUGACUUCGAGAGGGUGAAAUUGCUAACAGGGAGUUAGCAGUGCAAUUGUUGCAAUUCGUUCUCUCGGGUAAUUUUAACUUUGAAGGACCGAUGCAAGUGACUAAUUUUACUUUUACUCUAGCCCGCUGAUCAUUUGUCAAAAGUUUUUAUUUUCAUUAUUUUACAGACCAAUACUUUGUAACCACUGCCAUUAUAUAGACAAUCCAAAAAAAAACCCUGCAUCGGGAAACCGUCAACUAGAUUCUGACAAAGCCGUUUACAUCAAGGCUUGGAAAGACUAAGUAAAUAAGGAAUGAUGCAGAAUAAGUACAAUUCGAGCAACGCCGGCAUACUUCCACGGGACGUGGAGCUGCAGCACCGGUUAGCUGAAAGCGGGGCGGUCGUGAAGGAGAACGGAGCAGGGGCGAAGCAUGCUGGCCCGGCGGGCACUGCGCUCUCCAAGCGAAAGAUGCUGGUAGCGUUGGACCUUCUCUGCCUUUUCGUAGCCUCCAUCCCAUUUUUCGCCUGUGAGCUGAAGGCAGUGACUCCGUAUAGAAGGGGCUUUUUCUGCGGCGACCCCAGCAUCUCCUACCCUCACCUGGAGGCAGAGUCCAUCCCCGACAGCGUGCUCAUCGCGGGGGGCAUCGUCAUCACCGGCCUGACGAUCGCCCUGGGCGAGUGUUACCGUGUUCGUUUCCGUGGAGUCCACUCUCGCGCCUUCGUGAGGAACCUGUACGUGUCGAGUCUCUACAAGGAGCUGGGCAGCUUCCUGUUCGGCUGCUGCAUUGGCCAGUCCAUCACCAACAUGGCCAAGCUGAGCGUCGGGAGGCUCCGCCCCCACUUCCUGUCAGUGUGUGGCGUCACCUACGCCUCCCUCAACUGCACCCCCGGGACCUACAUAUCUGAGGUCACCUGCAGUCAGACAGACGACAGCAUGGUGGAAGAGGCCAGGAAAUCCUUCUUCUCUGGCCACGCCUCCUUUGCUAUGUACACCAUGCUUUACCUGGCAUUCUACCUGCAGGCGCGGUUGUCGUGGCGGGGGGCCCGGCUGCUGCGGCCGCUGCUCCAGUUCCUGCUGGUUCUGUUGGCCGUGUACACCGGGCUGAGCCGGAUCUCGGACUACCGGCACCACCCGACCGACGUGCUCACCGGCUUCCUGCAAGGGGGGAUCACUGCGUACUGGGUGGCCUUCUACAUCUCCUCCAUGUUUAAGACGGCACAGCCGAGCCUGAUGCCCACCAGCCUGUCGCUGGAAAGCCCCCUGUCCAGCCAGCAGACCAUGUGCUAGCAACAGCAGGAGAGGGAGGGAGAGAGAGAGAGAGAGAGAGAGAGAGAGAGAGAGACAGAGGCUGACGAAAAGCGGGAGAGGAGGAAGACCCAACACAUCCAACAGACAGGGAGAGAAGAGGGGAGAGAAAGGAUUGUACAUAAUAAGAGAGAAGGAAAAAGAAAGAGAGAUUUGGGAGACGAAAAGGUGGCGAGGGGAGGAUGAGGAAAGGGAAGUGGAGAAGAGGGAGAUGAUGAGAGUGGGCAGGUCACGAGGGCAUACCUCAACACAUGCGAAGGAGGAGAGAGAGAAUGAGAGGAUCCGUCCAUCGGAGAGAGAAGGAUGUGGGAUACUACAGAGAGAGAGAGAAAAGUAGAAAAAGAGAAAGACAGAGAUAGACAGAGAGAGAGAAAGAAAGAGAGAGAGGAAAAAGAAAUAAAGAGCCCUUAUCAGACAGAAGUACAGGUAGACUCUUCUGCUAAUCACUUCUCAGACACACAUUUGCCAUAAUAAUAAGCUUCAAACAUGAGUCUAAGAUAAGCCUGUCCAGAUAUGCAGUUAUGCAUUGCAUUUCAAAUAUAUUUGAAUAAAAUGUUGUUUUAAAAGGGGUCAUUUAGCUGAUGCUGCUAAUAGUAACGAUUAUAUUCAGAAUUAAGUGUAUUGUAUUCAGUUGUAUUUCUUUUUGUAUAAUAAAAUCUGUGAAUGAUCGAGUAGCAGGGUGAAAUAAGGCCUCUGCUCCACAAGACCUGGCACAGACCUGAGGUUUCCCCUGGUCGCAGUCCCUAAUGCUCAAUGCUGCAGCUUCCCCUGGUUAGGGCCCGUGAUGCUCGGUUCUGUGGUUUUGCGGGUGGUUCUGGUGAUCGGCAUAGCAUUAUUCCAGAAGAUGAAAAACUGUGGUAGAAUCGUGAUGCUCGUCUAAUACCCUUCAGAAGUUUGUA